GGUUGGUUCUGAGAAGGCUUCAAAGAGAAGGGAGACAUUUCAGCAAGGCUGCUGAGGAAGGAUAGGCUGUGGAAAUUAGGAUGCAGCGCUCCUGCCUGGGUCCCGCCUUGGGGUCGCCAGGCCCUGAACCCCAACGCCGGCAGAAGUCGCGCCUGCGCACGGCCCUGUGGAGCCGCGGAGGGAGGGGACGGAGAACGGGGCGGAGGCGGAGUCAGGGCGCCCGCGCGUGGGCCCCGCCCCCUUAUGUCGGGUAUAAAGCCCCUCCCGCUCACAGUUUCCCCAGUCCUCGAAGGCUCGGAGGCCCGUCACCAUGUCGUGCGAGUCGUCUAUGGUUCUCGGGUACUGGGAUAUUCGUGGGCUCCUGACUAUGAUCGAAGCCAAUGGCUGGAUGUGAAAUUCAAGCUAGACCUGGACUUUCCUAAUCUGCCCUACCUCCUGGAUGGGAAGAACAAGAUCACCCAGAGCAAUGCCAUCUUGCGCUACAUCGCUCGCAAGCACAACAUGUGUGGUGAGACUGAAGAAGAAAAGAUUCGAGUGGACAUCAUAGAGAACCAAGUAAUGGAUUUCCGCACACAAUUGAUAAGGCUCUGUUACAGCUCUGACCACGAAAAACUGAAGCCUCAGUACUUGGAAGAGCUACCUGGACAACUGAAACAAUUCUCCAUGUUUCUGAGGAAAUUCUCAUGGUUUGCCGGGGAAAAGCUCACCUUUGUGGAUUUUCUCACCUAUGACAUCUUGGAUCAGAACCGUAUAUUUGACCCCAAGUGCCUGGAUGAGUUCCCAAACCUGAAGGCUUUCAUGUGCCGUUUUGAGGCUUUGGAGAAAAUCGCUGCCUACAUACAGUCUGAUCAGUUCUUCAAGAUGCCCAUCAACAACAAGAUGGCCCAGUGGGGCAACAAGCCUAUAUGCUGAGCAGGAGGCAGACUUGCAGAGCUUGUUUUGUUUCAUCCUGUCCCUAAGGGGUCAGCACUCUUUCUUUGCUCUUUUCAAUAAAUAGCACUUAACGUUACUGGCGUCCAGCUGAAUUUCUCUUGGGUAUAAAGGCUAAAAGGGAAAAAGAAUAUGUGGAGAAUCAUCAAGAUAUGAAUUGAACCACUGUGAUGCUGGCAUUUCCCUACUCCCCAACUGAGUUCAAGGGCUGUAGGUUCAUGCCCAAGCCCUGAGAGUGGUUACUAGAAAAAAAGAGAUUGCACAGUUGGAGAGAGCAGGUGUGUUAAAUGGGACUGGAGUCCCUGUGAAGACUGGGUGAGGAUAACACAAGUAAAACUGUGGUACUGAUGGACUUAACUGGAGUUCAGAAACCAUCCUGUGUACACCUGGGAGUUUAGUGUGAUAAAGGCAGUAUUUCAGACUGGUGGGCUAGCCAAUAGAGUUGGGACAAUUGCUUACUCAUUAAAAAUAAUAGAGCCCCACUUGACACUAUUCACUAAAAUUAAUCUGGAAUUUAAGGCCCAACAUUAAACACAAAGUUGUUGAAAUAUUGAUGAAAAUGUAAGAAUUUUUGUGACCACAGGAUAGGAGAAGUUUCUUUAAAGAUGUAAAAAGAAAAAACCAUAGGCUGCUCUGCCUGUGGAGUAGCCAUUCUUUAUUCUUUUACUUUUUUAAAUAAUAACAGAAUCACAAAGGAAAGAGUUACCAAUUGAAUAGGAUCAAAUUCUGCAACUUUUCCUAAGGCACCCACAAAUAAUAAGUGAGACAAAAAGCACUAGUAUAAAGAUUAUAUAAAGACCUAUAAAUCAUUAAGACAAUUGAGUUUUUAAAAAUGGACAAAAUCGAUGAACAAUUUAUAAAAUAGAAAUAUGGCCAAAAAUGUCUAAAAGAUGUUUAUAAUGUAAGGAAUUAUAAAUUACAACAGUGAGAAACCAUAUUUCCUUCUACCCGAUGAGUAAAAAGUAUCUAAAGUGUUGGCAAGGCUUAGGAAAGUGAUAUGCAUUUCCUGCUGGUCAACUUGUAAAUUAGUAUAGCUACUUUGGAGGACAAUUCUAAAAUUUAAAUCAUAUCCUAUGACCCAGCAAUUCCAUGCUAUAAAAACUCAUCCAUGGCCGGGCUUGGUGGCUCACGCCUGUAAUCCCAGCACUUUGGGAGGCUGAGGCAGGCGGAUCACGAGGUCAAGAGAUUGAGACCAUCCUGGCCAACAUGAUGAAACCCCGUUUCUACUAAAAAUACAAAAAUUAGCUGGGCAUGGUGGCAUGUGCCUAUAGUCCCAGCUACUCAGGAGGCUGAGGCAGGAGAAUUGUUUGAACCUGGGAGGCAGAGGUUGCAGUGAGCCGAGAUCACGCCACUGCACUCCAGCCUGGCUACAGGGCAAGACUCUGUUCUGUCUCAAAAAAAAAAAAAAAAAAACUCACUCAAAGAGGCAUAUACUAAGAUGUUCACUGUGGCAUUGUUUGUAAUGACAAAUAAGUGGAAACCAUGUAAAUACCUGUCAAUACUAUGGAGUACCACAUGGCAACAGAAGAAUGAGACUGAACUGUGUGAACUAACAUGCAAAGAUCCCCAAAACAGGCCAGGUGUGGUUGCUCACAGCUGUAAUAACAACACCUUCAGAGGCUGAGGUGAGAGGGUCAGUUGAGGCCAGGAGUUUAAGACCAGCCUGGGCAACAUAGUGAGACCCCUGUCUCCCCCCAAAAAUUUUUUAAUUAGCUGGGCACAGUUGCUCAUGCAUAGUCCCAGCUACCCAGGAGGCUGAGGUGGGAGGAUCACUUGAGCCCAGGAAUUUGAAGCUGCAGUGAGCUGUGUUCUUGCCACUGCACCCCAACCUGGGUGACUGAGCAAGACCCUGUCUCUUAAAAAAAUAAAAAAGAUCUCCAAGCAUAGAGAAGAGUCUGGAGGGAAACACCAAACUCAUAACAGGCUUACUACAGGCAAGUGGGAUAAAGGCCCAGACUCCAUGGUGGAAGUUAAAGGGCAUUUCCAAGUUAAGGCUAAGACUUGCUCUUCUAAGAGAAUGUACUCAUGCAUUGCUUGUGUAGUAGAAACUAGUUUUUAGAAAAGAAAGCAAACUUAAGAAACACUGACUCCUGUGGAGAUGACUUGGCACCACUCUCCUUUCACAGAACAGAGUCUGAAAAGACUUCAGAGACAGGCCUGUGGGCCAGAUUGCCAUCCCCUAUGGACCAGAAGCCAAGGAUCUCUCUAGUGAUGGUCAGAGGGCCCAAAUGGCAGGGAUACCCAGUGAUGUCAGGAGGAGUGUUACAGACAGAAGGUGCUAAGCAGACAAUUCAACUGCCAUGUUUUGCCACCCCCUGUGAGCAGGGAUUAGGUGUUCAGGCCAGUAUCUUGGGCAUGGGGAGCCUUUGGCCAGAAGAGGUAUAAAGCUCAGAAGUUUUUCAGUCUGAUAACUAUUGAUAUAAUUUCCAUAGUGUGGGGGAGCGGUAUGCUCUACCCUUGUGUAUUUAAGUCAGGCCAGAGAAAUUGAGGAUGCCCCUGGGGCUAGAUCGAUGAUAUGACCAGAAAUCAAAAAGGGAAUGCAUUAUUUAUUGCUGUGUAACACUAUUGAGAGAGGAGGUAGUUAAGGGAUGGAUAGGCACAUAGAGAGGGAGGGUCUCAGGAGAAGGGAUAGAAAGGAACGAUGUUCACAAGAACAACGGCAAGACAGCGCCUAUACUGCCUCUACAGUUAAUAGGAAAAAUGUAAGAAGUUACCCUUAAGCUAGGAUGUUGCUCGGAAGUGACCAUCCCCACUUUGGUGCAGACACAAUAAAUCAGCCUAAAUGUCCCUAAUUUAACCCAGCUCAUUAUAAUGUCAUUAAACAUGACAUUAGCAUUGUGGUUUUAGCACCCCCAUGGGUUUUGCUUAGGCACUCAUGGGUAAUAACCAAGAUGGAGUCCCUUUGGCAAACCUUAGGCAUGCACAGCUGUAGCACCCCAAGAAGAAAAUGUUACUUCUCUCAUCUGGGCAAAACCCACAGAAGACUUCCCAGCUUCUGCCACAUAAAAGACACAGAACACAGAUGCCUUACUGGCAACCUGCUUUCAAGACCCCUGUCUUUGCUGAGAGCUUUCCUUUUUCCCAAUAAAUUCUACUCUGCCCUACUCACUCUC